GAUCAUGCGUUCGACAGUUUUAGCGAGAGUAGAGAUGGGAAUCACGGAAACUGCAGCCACUGAAGAAGAAUUUUUCUUCAAUAUUGGAAGCUUUGGAAUAUGGCAAAAAAUAGUUUAUGUAGCGGUUUUUUGGGGUUAUAUGGUCGAUACUUUGCCUAGUUUCGCGAUGACUUUCCUGGCACCCAACACAGACUUCUGGUGCGUAGAACCUAAUAUGAACUCUUCUUUGGCCCAAAAUUCAACGGAUCUACUUAUGACCAAUAAAAACGAGGCAUGCUAUGUACAGAAAUCUAACUAUUCAAGCUCAGGAAGAGACUCAUCCGUGGAAUUGCAUUUUGAAGACUCUCUCAAGUGCACCAAGUGGGAAUACGAUACUUCACGUUUAUCGGAGACAUUAGUCAGUAAAUGGGAUUUAGUAUGCGACAGAGAAUGGUUGAUAUCGUUGGCUAAAUCCGUUUAUAUGAUCGGAUUUAUGUUUUCUGGUGCUGUGUUCGGACAAUUAUCGGAUUGCAUUGGAAGGCUCCCUGCUAUCGUCAUUUCAUACAUCAUCGCAACUACAAGCCUCGUACUUUCUCUGUUCUCCACAUCCUACUUGAUGUUCGCCGUACUCAGGUUUUUUCAGGCUUUUGGAGUUACUGGUCUCACUACAGUUGGAUACGUGUUACUAGUGGAAAUCACAGGACCUGACGAUCGGACUUCAGUCAGUAUCACAAGCCAAUUGGGAAAUUGCGCGGGUCUAGUCAUUUUACCCGGAAUAGCAUAUCUUUUUCCAAAUUGGUUUUGGCUACUGUUUGCAAUUUUAGCUCCAACUGUACUUCUGGCUUCAGCUUACAAAUUCAUACCAGAAUCUCCACGAUGGCUACUUAUGCAAAAGGAUUACGAUAAGUUGGAAAAGGUACUUACCACAGCUGCAGCGAUGAAUAAAAAGGAAUUAAAAUGUGAUGUCAAGAAUUUGAUUAAUAGCAUGAUUUCCCAAUCAUCUGAAAAUCGAGAAAGCUCCAGGAAAUCAGUUAUUGAUGUAUUCAGAACUCCCAACAUAAGGAAAAGAGCAUUCAUCAUGAUAUAUAUAUGGAUCGUCAAUGCCUUUCUGUACUAUGGGAUAUCGUACAACACGAAUGAACUUGCUGGUAAUCCGUACUUGAAUUUUUUCCUGAGUGGUAUAAUGGAGCUUCCUUCUACUAUCGCUGCUUUUCUAGCAAUACGCAGAUUUGGAAGACGACCUGUCUUCGCUUGGCUGAUGGUAGUUUGUGGGGCAGCAUGUGUGGCUUCUAUCUUUGUCCCUCAAAAUCUUUCCUGGUUGGCGACUACCUUGCAUUUGUUUGGGAAAUUUUGUGCUACAGGAACGUUGACAAUCCUCUAUUUAUAUACUAGUGAGCUUUUCCCAACUGUAGUGCGGAAUGUUGCUGUUGGAACAUGCUCUAUGCUUGGAAGAGUUGGAUCGAUCGCAGCUCCUUUUGUAAGAGAACUGGGCAUAGCUACGCACCCGUCCGUGCCCAACAUCUUGUACUUUGUCCUUGCUGUCUCUAGUGGUUUAUCGACACUCUUAUUACCUGAGACGAAAGGCUGCAAAAUACCUGACAGUAUCGAGGAAGGAGAACAUCUUGGGGAAAAGGAAUUUGGACACAAAGAAGUGAAAUAAGAAGAGUAUAUCUAUACUAUUGAUUUCUGUGCGUGUCUGUCUGUGUGUCUGUUACCCUAUAUCCUCUGGACUGGCAAUGUCUACCAGAUCAAUGCUGGUACCGUUGGAUGCAGAACAUAAAGGGGAAGACAUUCCGCCCUGUCUCACCCAUCUAAACCAGGGGUCGGAGAUAAAGGGCCGGACAUCCAGGGGUAAAAAGCAUUAAAACCAUCAAUACAUAUUAAUAAAAUCCAUUUUCCAAAAAUGACGUGAUAAACAAUGAAUUUUCAAUUGAUGGCUAACCUCAAUUUUAGAAUGAAAUUAGAUAAAACCAAUUAUAAUUCACGAUUUAAUUACCUCGGAACAUUGGAACAAGUUUUAUCUGGUGCAUAAAAUCAAGGCUAUGGAUUUUGUUCUAUGAAACAAACUGUUUCUCUUCAAACGUAUGCUCAUUUCACUGAUGACUGAAAUAAAUGUGAGACCAGAAGUUUAGGUGAUCAAUUGUUAAUUGAGAUGAAACGAUGAUAAUUUCAUAUCUCCAAGACAGCUAUGGAUACUUCAUUAAGUUGUUAUUGAACCUAACUUUAGAGAUUGAUAAGUUUUACUGAUGAGACAAAAAAAAACUAUUUGCGAUUGUAGCAGGCAGAAGAAGAAAAUAUAUUGCAGUUACAAGUGGAUUAUUGUAUGUCGUAUGCAUACUUGUUCUGACGGAUAAUAGUUUGAUAGUUUUAUCAAUACCAUAAUAAGCACUUUUGUCAUUGAUAGCAGAAAAAAGGCCAGCUGCUUUCCAUUGAAAAUUAGAUUCAUUGUGGCAAAUGUUGUUUAACUGACAAUUUUUAUUCUGGAAGGAAAAGCUAUAACGAAAAUAGACGAGUUUCGCUACUAAGGAAUCCUUUUGUUUCACAGGACGUCGCUGCAGGCCGGUUGAAAUAAAUGGGUGUAUUUCGUCAAAUAUACAUGUUCAUGGAUAAAACAAAUUUCCUCAAACUCAUAGCCCACCUAAUCUCAAAUGCUAUUGAGAAUUAGACCAGAUGGUCCUCUGCCCAUAUCUUUAAACUCAGUAUGUUCUUUAAGUCACGCUGACAUGAUAGGUUUUCUAGAAACUUUAGAACUAUUUUUUCCUAUAACACGUAUGGAGAGGAAAAUUCAACACAAUAAUUAAGGAAACAUUUCAGCAAGUACUUCAAUAACAUGCUUUUGAGAAAAUGAAACACGAAAGAAAUGGCAAGUCUUGCUAAACUUAC